AUGUACUUCUCAAAUAUACUCCCGGUAGCGUUCACCGCUGCUGCCAUAGCCGCUCCCACUACUAUGAACGGCCGUGGCGAGGAAGGCUGCGUUCCCACCUCCUACACCAUCUCAGACUACAAGCUAGUCACUUCUCCCACCUCUGGAAGCGUUGAUUUUACGUUCAAGUCUGUCUUCCCCACCGGCAGCACCAUCGACGACCCAGUCCAGGUCGGCGCUCAUUGCAGCGGCUCUGGAACCUCUGUGCCCAACAGCAACGAGUGUCAGGUCGCCAACCGUCGUCUUCUAUUCGACCUUCGUGGACCUCAAGAUGAAGCCUACUACCAGAUCACCCAUUCCUGGACCUGCUCAGGCAACCAGUGGCUGUCCGGCAAUGCGAUCAAAGUCGACUCGCUUGAGUGUCAUAACGAGGGCGACAAGCGCGUCUGCACUGGUGAACCCCAGACCUUCGCGCCUCAGAACGUGCGCAAGGUCUGUAACUUGCCUCAGUGCUGA